UCUCCGUUUCUACGUUUAUGUAGUCUGUGUCUAGCUGUCAACUCUGAGAAAGUGUAUGAGAAGGGUUGGAUAAUUCCUAGAAAAAGUACUUGUAUUGUCAAUCAUCUCUUAAUAAUUUUUAUAUUAAUAGUCAAAUUUUAUUAUUCUGAAAAUUUGAUACUGUGAAAGAAUCUAUUGGUCAAUCAAAUUUUAAUUUAUCAAAUGUGUAUAACAUGAAUACUUUUAAGUAAAAAAAGAGAAAUCGGAUCGAUGUACUCGUAAAAUAGAAAAAAAGUAUUCAUUAUUGAAGAAGCAGCUGGAUUGAUUAUUUGUAUGUAUUAGUAAUUUAAUAUAUUGUGAGAAAUCAGGAAUAUUAUAAAUUAUGGAAGACGAUCUUCCGGCCGAGUAUGAUGUCGUUGUGGUGGGAACUGGCAUGACAGAAUCCAUUGUCGCUGCUGCUGCCAGUCGUAUUGGUAAAAAAGUACUUCAUCUGGAUAGUAACGAAUACUAUGGAGGCUUGUGGGCUACAUUCAAUUUUGAUGGAUUGCAAAAAUGGAUGGAAGACUUGAAAACUCUUAAAGAUACCAGUAGUGAUGUUAACAUAAGUCUUCAAGAUGGUGAAAAAUUUUUAAGAGCAAGUAACCAAUAUUCCACCGUUGAAAACAUAGAAGAAACUUGGUUCAUCUCCAGUGACGCUGAUUUGCCGCAGCUUUCUUCAAAAGAUACUCAAACUGAAGGUACUGAAGAAAAUAAAGAAAAUGAUGCUGAUCCAAGUAAUCAUAAAGAGCAUGUUCAACGUUGGUCUAAAGAUCGAAUCAAAAAAGAAUACAGGAGAUUUAAUAUUGAUUUAGCACCAAAAUUGCUCUUUGCCCGAGGAGAAUUAGUAGAACUUUUAAUAUCUAGUAAUAUUGCACGUUACGCCGAGUUUCGAGCUGUUUCUCGAGUUGCUACAUACAUGGAUGGAAAAUUGAUACAAGUACCUUGUUCAAGAGCUGACGUAUUUGCUAACAAAACUGUCAGUGUUAUUGAAAAAAGAAUGUUGAUGCAGUUAUUAGUUUCUUGCAUGGAACAAGGCGCUGAGAGUUCGGAAUUUGAUGGAUACCGCGAUAAAACAUUUAUUGAAUAUUUAAAUACGAAAAAUUUAACACCUAUUGUAAAACAUUAUGUAAUGCAAGCCAUAGCGAUGGCUACUGACAAGACUUCAUGUCGUGAUGGUGUAAAUCGUACAAAACAUUUUCUAAAUAGUCUUGGUCGAUAUGGAAAUACACCAUUUUUGUGGCCUAUGUAUGGGAGUGGUGAAUUACCUCAAUGUUUUUGUCGACUAUGUGCAGUAUUUGGUGGAGUAUACUGUUUAAAACGUCAGUUUGACGGAGUAGUAGUUGAAGGAGAUAGAUGCAAAUAUAUUGUAACUGGAAAACAAAAACUAGCUCUCGAACAUUUGGUUGUUGGACAAGGUCACUUACCUCCUGAAAUCGUUGAUUCUGCUGGAGAAAUGAAAAUUUCUCGUGGAAUUUUCAUCACAGACAGAUCUAUCAUGCAAGGAGAAAAAGAAAAUUUGACUUUACUUUAUUAUCCACCUGAAGGGCCUGAUCAAGAGCCAGUUACUUUGAUUGAAUUAGGACCAUCUACUAAUGCUUGUCCUCAAGGCCUUUUUAUGGUUCAAAUGACUUGCAAGCGUACCAAAACAGCCAAAGAAGACUUGGACUAUGUUGUGAAAAAAUUCUUGGAACUAGAUAUUGUUGAGACGAAUGUACGUUAUCCCACUGAUAUGCAUACGCAAACUAUUUCAACGAAUGAUGAUCAUCUCCAAGAAGGGAAUGUUGAUCGAGACAAAAAUGAAAACCUGAAACCUCAUGUGUUAUGGUCUUUAUAUCUGAAUUUACCUGCUAGCGAUAUAAAACUGAGCGAAUUAGCACCAAAUAAUAUAUACCUUUGCUCCGGACCUGAUUUAGAUCUUGAUUUCGAUUUUUCUGUAAAUCAAGCUAAAAAAAUUUUCAAAGCCAUGUACCCAGAUGAAGAUUUCCUGCCGCGUGCUCCAGAUCCUGAAGAAAUCGUUCUGGAGGGUGAUGAAACACCUGGACCUAAAUUUGAUGACCAUAUACCAGAAGAUGAAGAAAAAAUAAGUUCUGAGAAAGAGUAGCGUGAAUAAUCUCAUUUAAUUAAUUUAUAAUUGAUGCUUUCAUAAUGAAAAAACCGCACAAGUGUAGCCUCAAUUCAUACGGUAUUAUUAUAAUAUAAUUAUUUUGGAUUUUUCUAUUUUGGACUGAAAUUUUUAAUUACAUUUCUAUUCUCUGCGUGGUCUAAAUGGUAUGUGAGAGAUAGAUUAACUUGAAAUUGUCUUUUUAAAUUUAUUGUUGUUUAACAACCAAUAAACAAAAUAAUGUGCAGUUUGUAUAACAAAUCGCCAUAAAAAAUAUCUUAAAUCUUUCUAAAGGAUUUAAUUUUUUCAGCUAUGAAUUAGUAUAUAUCAGUUUAAUUGAACAUAUGCUUAUGAAAUAUUAUGCUUACAUCGACACAAAAUAAAAUAAAUAUCAUUCCAUAUAAAUGA